CUCAUCACCGGAAUGCCUGAUAUCAAAAAUUUGCUCACGCCGAAGGUAGCCAUUCCCGCUUUUGCCGCAGUUGUUCUUCUCGUAGCGGCAACAUUGGUAGCUAUAUUUUACAUUAGAAAUCCUAGCGUCACCGACAAUCUCUUCAACCACGAUGAUGAAACGACACCUAUUCCCGAAGAGGAACAUAGACAAAAGGGAGCGGCUGCUGCGGGUGGAUCGUAUCAUUCACAAAACACUCCAAAGAUAACCACGAUGAAGGUGCUGACGAUGACGACAGUCGCUUCUACGCCGGCCCCCACAAGCGCAGAUGGCUUGACUACAACGGGUACUGGUGAGGACCCAAACCAAGUUGAUAAUCCAAGAUUCCGUAGUAACGUUGCUGGCUUUUUUCAGCGGUGA